UCCAUGGAGACCUGCUUCACACGCAACUGAGCGCUGUCCGCUGGCGUUCAACAUCGCCAAAAUUAAAAGAAAAGUGGAAUAGAUGGAUCUGUGUUGAGUGUGCGGGACUGUUCUUACCGUAAUCAAUUUUUUUAAAUUAAUCUUUAAUGUUUCUGUCUGUGGAAUAAUGGCUCAGGUGGUUUUUGUGGUUCCGCUGCUUGUUUUUGGUCUGGAACUUGUUGCUGCCACCGAACUGCGCUUCAUGCCCGACCCGCCGACGCUGAACAUCCACGGCAUCCACAGGAUGAACAAAUCCGACAACCUGGAGCUCACAUGCAGAGGUCGCCAGUACCUGAGGUGGUCCACCCCUCCUACCAGCGCUCGCUUAUCCACCAGCGACUGCAGCGGGUCAGGACUCUUCUGCACCAUGCUGCGGAUUUCCAACGCCACCGUCAACGAGACGGGGCAGUAUCAGUGCUCCUACCGGGACCUGAAAGUGGAAAAUGGCAAGACUUCAAUGGCCGUUUAUGUGUUUGUUCACGACCACAAAUCGCCAUUUGUUCCCUCGGAGAAGGAGUACGAGGUGGUGGUCAUCCGUGAAGGCGAGCGAGUGGUCAUCCCGUGUCGAGGAUCUCUGGAGAAUCUUGAUGUGACGCUUCAUACUGUAAGAAACUUAUUUCACAAUAAGUAUCCAGACAAAGAAUUUCAUCCGGAUGGGAAAGACACCCUGUGGGAUGCCAGGACCGGUUUCACUAUUCCUAGUCACCUAAUCAGCUACGCCGGUGUGGUGUCCUGCCAGACUCACAUUGGAAACGAGACCUUUAGGUCCCCCCUCUACAUCGUUGCGGUUGUCGGAUAUAAGAUCUACGACCUCACCCUGACCCCCACUCGCGUCAGGCUGUGUGUUGGCGAGCAGCUGAUGCUGAGUUGUACUGCGCACACUGAACUCAACGUUGGUAUCGCAUUCAACUGGACGCACACUGCUCUGGCCUUUGACAGUACAACCGACACCCACACUCAACUGACCGCAGAGAACGUUUCAGGGUCUGCCCACACAAUAGCACACAAGAAGAAGCUGUGGAACUCGCUGGAGCUGUCCAACACACUCAUCGUGGACAAUGUGACGGUGGAGCACUCUGGCAAAUACACAUGCGCUGCCUCCAGUGGACAGAUGGAGAUAAGCACCUCGGCCUUCCUUGUAGUUUACGAGAAGCCUUUCGUCGACAUGAAAGAGCCGUGGACGAAGGUCUGGGAGGUGAAUGUGGGGGAUCAGUCUUCCACAGUCAUACCUGUCAAAUACUCAGCAUACCCUGAGCCCAGCUUUAAAUGGUUAAAAAAUAGCCUCCCGCUGAAGGAUGACUACAGGAUCAAGCAGAAAAGUGAUGCCCUCAUCUUCCGUGGAGUCACAGAAACGGACGCGGGAAACUACACCAUGGUCCUGACCAACAAGAUCACCAAAGAGGAACACAGGAGAUCUUUCCAGCUUCUGGUCAAUGUUCCUCCUCAUAUCAUUGAGAAGGAGGUGGCAGUGGACACGGAUGUGUACCUGUAUGCAAGCAGCCCCACGCUCAGGUGCACCGCUCGGGGCUUCCCCACACCAACGCACAUCCAGUGGCAGUGGAUGUCCAAAGACGACUGUCCUGAGGCCUUCGUACCUGGGCUGUCGAAGGCUGAGAUCCCAUUACUGCACUGUAAAGCUUGGCAGGACAUCAACAACGGCACUGCACACAACCCUGUGGAGCGGAUCUCCACUGACGUAGAUCACGGCCAGAAGAAAAUUGUGAGCUCUUUGAAGGUCCAGAAAGCUGAGGUCCAAGCUCUCUACCGAUGCACAGCGACCAACAAAGUUGGAGAGGAUUCACGCAUCAUUUUUUUCCAUGUGACUCGGGGGCUUGAGCUCAGCGUGUCCCCGUCCAACAACCCUUUGGAAGAGGACCGCGUGGUCCUACGCUGUAAGGCGGACAGGCUGGUGUACAGAAACCUGGCUUGGUUCCGCGUUGCCAACGAGUCCGAGUCGGAGCGGGCGCUGUCGGUGCAGCCGUGCCGCUCGGUGGCGCUGCAGCGUGCACCCCUGUCGCACGGCGUACUGUCUAGCGAGCACGGCGCCAACCUGACCUUGGAGCUGCUGCUGCCUAAUGCCUCCCGCCAGGAUGAGGGCCUGUACGCCUGCCAGGUGGAAAACAUCAAGACCAGGGAGAGAACCUGCCUGCUGCGACAUUUGUCUCUCAGAGGUCUUGAGGCUCCAAGGAUCCUCAAUAACUUAACAGACCAAAGAGUCAAUGUGAGCGCCACCGUUAUGCUCCUGUGUGAUGCCACCGGGACCCCAGACCCGAUGGUGGUGUGGACCAAAAACAACCACACAGUGGUGGAGGGCUCUGGUGUGAUCCUGAGCCGCCGGAGUCACGUGCUGACCAUCCAGCGCGUGAAGGAGGAGGACGCCGGCUUGUACAGCUGCUCUGCUUGUAACAGCCGUGGAUGUGACAGCUCGCAAGCUUUCUUGACCACUGAAGGUGCAGAGGAAAAGACCAACGUGGAGCUGAUCGUUCCAAUCGGCUCGGUGGUCAUCGCCAUGUUUUUCUGGCUGCUGAUUGUGUUUGUCAUCCGCGGCAGAAAAAGGCCAAACGGUGGCGAUUUGAAGACUGGCUACUUGUCCAUGAUCCUGGACUCGGAGGACGUGCCCAUGGACGAGCAGUGUGAGAGGCUCACGUAUGACGCCAACAAAUGGGAGUUCCCGCGGGAUAGGCUGAAGCUCGGUGAACCUCUGGGCCGAGGGGCGUUCGGCCAGGUUAUGGAAGCUGCUGCCUUCGGUAUCGAGAAAGCCGCCACCUGUACCACUGUGGCAGUCAAGAUGCUUAAAGAGGGAGCCACAUCCAGCGAGUACCGAGCCUUGAUGUCAGAACUGAAAAUUCUCAUCCACAUCGGGCAUCAUCUCAAUGUGGUGAACCUGCUGGGAGCCUGCACUAAACCUGGCGGCCCUCUCAUGGUGAUUGUAGAGUACUGCAAACAUGGAAACCUCUCCAGCUACCUGAAGAGCAAGCGUGGGGAAUACAGUCCAUACAAGAGAAAGAGGAUGGACAGUCAGAGGUGGACAUCUGCAGAGGAAGAUGUAACCAACGGCGAUCUCGGUCUGGGGAAGAUCGCCCAGCUGGACAUCUGCACGGGAACAGCUGUCUGCUCCAGAAGUGAAGCUUCAGGCAGCACUGUGAAUCCUCAGGACGAGAGCUCAGAUGAUGACCACCUGACCAUGGAGGACCUGAUCUGCUACAGCUUCCAGGUGGCCAAAGGCAUGGAGUUCCUCUCCUCUCGCAAGUGCAUCCACAGAGACCUGGCAGCCAGAAACAUCCUGCUUUCAGAAAACAAUGUGGUGAAGAUCUGUGACUUUGGCCUGGCGAGGGAUGUCUACAAAGACCCCGACUAUGUCCGUAAGGGAGAUGCACGUCUACCUUUGAAGUGGAUGGCUCCUGAGACCAUCUUUGACAGAGUCUACACCACACAAAGCGACGUGUGGUCCUUUGGGGUUCUUCUCUGGGAGAUCUUCUCCUUGGGAGCGUCUCCUUAUCCUGGGGUCUGCAUCGACGAGUCCUUCUGCAGAAGGCUUAAAGAAGGAACCAGGAUGAGGCCUCCAGAGUACGCCACCUCAGAGAUAUACCAGACCAUGCUGGACUGCUGGCUGGAUCGUCCCACAGACAGGCCCACCUUUGCCGAACUGGUGGAACAUCUGGGAAACCUGCUGCAGGCCAGUGCUCAUCAGGAUGGGAAGGACUACAUCCCUCUGACUGCAGGAAGUGAUGAGGCGUCCACUCCAGUCACCUCCGACCCCAGAAGACCUCAAAGUGGAGAGACACUGGACGGUCAGCUUCACUACAACAACGCUCUGACUUUGGGGCACAGCGACCGGUGCCGACUCAGCGUUAAGACCUUUGACGACAUCCGCUUGGAGCACAGCAGUGUCAUGGAGGGUCACAUGGACUGUUCUCCAGAGGAUGUAAAAGGUUUAAGUGCACAGCAGAUAAACACGCCCAAUUUGAGUCAGCUGCUGCGCUGCAAGAGCAAAGAGUCGCUGGCGUCCGAGUCGUCCAAUCAGACGAGCGGCUACCAGUCGGGCUACCACUCGGACGACGCCGACACGCCCGUCUACGCCAACGAGGAGGCCAUCAUGAAGCACAACAUGCUGAAGAAGCCUCCUCCUCCUCCUCCCGCUGACAAGUUCAACGCUGACAUCCGCUACAGCACGCCGCCGGUGUGACCCUUGACCCCCUCCCCCCAACCUCACUGUACAGUAUCAUGUGGUAGGAACAAUGAGUAGAGCUGCGUUGUUGACAUCUUUUGACGUCACACGUGAAACUUGUAAACGCUAUCGUGUUUACACAGCCGGCUGAAGGGAGGACACGCCCACGUCCUGAGCCACGGUCCACGUACUUCCUGUAUGACAGGAAACGCAUUUUUAGAGACGUGCGUCAGCUUUCUUUCUCCUUCUCUUCUCGUAUGGAGGUAGUUCUCUCUAUUUAAAGUGUGUACAGUUGCUUAUUCAUAAUGAUAUGCAAUAUGACCAAUAAAUGGACUAGUUUUA